GCUGAGUUAGUAUGGAUCCUGAUGUAUAUUUCACCCGGUACCGGAGAUCUGGCCGUCAGUUUAUGCACAGCCUUUACGGAGUGUGCCCGUGUGUCUCGCGAGUAAUUUCGCCGCUCACUACCCCCACGAGCAAUCAUUUCUUUCUGCUGCAUAGUGAGACGAUUUUUUUUUUCGUUUGCAUUCGCCAAAUAAGAGAAGAGCAUAGAGGACCCCCCCUCUUAGUGGAAUUUAUGAGUGUUUUUGUUCUGUCGGGGUUUUUUUUAGGGUACUAGAAACAUAGGAAGCGCCGUAGACGAAAAUCGGUGGUAUUUCGAGUACGGAUUGUUGCGUACAAGGCGAAAAUAUUGAAGUGCAAGUGUAGUGGGCUUCAACUGAAUUUCUGGUGGAAGUGCAUCGCUUACAGUGACAUUUCGCGGGCGCGCGCAACCGAAUCGCGAAUGGAAAAUGAAGGAAAGCGUAAACUAAAGUAUGCUUAGCUCGGUCGUAAUUGAGUAACGCUUUGUUUUCGAACUGACACCUAACCCUCCCACAACAAGCUGCUCUGGCAAGCGUGAAGCUGUGAUUGUCUAGGGCACGAAAGGGAAAUUUGAACAUCGGCACAAGGUUGAUUACUUUGAAAUAAUUUUUUGACAACCGUUCGUGAGAAUGUGCUAUAACGAAGCCAAGGAAACCCACGAAGGAGUGCCCUCUGAAAGGUGAAACAUUUUGCACGAAUUGUGAUGUAAGGCGAGAAGGGCAAACAGUGAAAAUCAAAGUUUUUGGUAAGACUAAUAGCUUUUAGCCCGAAAAAGUGAGUUCCAAAAGUCACUGAUCACGCAUCUCGUUGACAGAUGUUGAAGUCGUUUCAGCCCAUAAACUCGCGUUUUUUGUUAAAUAAUCAAUUGUGGCAGCUUGAUUGAUAUUGAACGUAGCCAAAGUUCAUAAUUCAUUAGGUGUACCACAAAAGCAACACAAAGUGCAGGAGAGAAGAUAUAAGCUCGCUCACUCAUGUGUGAAAAAUCGCACUUCGUGAAGAAAAUCGCAACAGCAGAAAAACUUUGAAGAGAACAACACCCCCUUACAAGAAAAGCAGAAGCUGCUACCCCAAUACCAGCAAUACUUGCGAAAAAAAAAUUCAAAAGUAAGUGUUGACGAAGAAAGAGGUCAAAAUAGAAGAAACUUCAACGGAGACAGCGAAGAAAAACGCCGGCUACUAGAUAGGAGGAGGCCACAAAGUAAGGCUCAAAACAAAAACAGAAAAAAACGAUCCUCGAGCACGAGCCUUAGCACAACGACGGUUAUGCAGAUGGCCAACGAAUGGGAAGCACCUUCCCGCAAAACCUCGCAAUGCCUGUCCGAUGGAAGCAACAGCAGCGCAAGUUCCCCACAUUCCAGCCUUCAGCACAUCCCAGCCUACAACUAUUUCGACAGUGCCAACCAGCAGCAUUAUCUGCACUAUCCGGCCACCAGUAGAACCAACCACAGUAGAAGACUCAGUGCCACGAAUGACGUGAGGAACUAUCAUCACCGGGCGAUGGAACGAGCCGCAUAUGCCAAUCGAAGUUUCAUACACCACGAACAGCAGCAGUACGCGCCACAACGGGCUGCCGGGUUUACCUUUGAAUCGUCGCACUACGGAAUCGAUGAUUCCGAUCGUAAAAAUGAUCGCCGCCGCCAUAGUCUGUACCAUAUCGCACAGCUGAGUGCGUCCAAGAUGGAUGAUUUGAAACAUCGGUUCGAUGAGUACAGCUCCUCGGCGGCAGUUGGAAGAGGACCUCAUGCGGGGGGUGGAGGCGGAAGUCGACGCCCGAGCCGGCAGAGCGGUGGCAAUCAAUUUACUGCUGAUGGUGGUAGACUGAAUCUUGGUUACAGCGGUAGCAGAAGUUUGGAAGUUUACGAGCCUAAACCGUACCGAAUCACGCAGGCCGAAGCUAGGCAGAAAGGUGGCAGUAGUGCGAAAACACCAAAACGUGGCUCAAGGUCGUCACAAGGAUCGACUGACAGUAGUCACAGUUCACAUAGUGCCUCGUCCGGCUCGCUACUGUUGACGGUAGCGAAUUUGGAAAAUUUUGCAAAGAUCCACAAAAAACACGAACCCAGUUACGGCACCAGCAAAACCAUGGAAGAGUACCUUUCCUCAUCAACCGGAAUGGUUCCGACUGCGGCCAUAUUAGACGCUGUUGGUAGCAAGUAUAACAGCAACUUCAUUUUGAAACAGACCCACGCCGAAAACGACACCAGUUCAACGGAUCAAAUCGAAAAAGACUAUCUCAAAGUUAAUCUGCCGACUGAGUCGGCCAUCAUUUCGAUCGAGGAAAUUGCCUCGGAUCUGCAGCAACAACGACAACAGCUACAGGAUCAACAGAAUCGAGCAACGAAAACCAAAGAUCCGGACUCGGAAUCGGUGGCCAGUUCAACGCAUUUUACCAUGAUCAAUGGUGUGGGCGGUCCCCAGCGGUUGCCCAAGAGUGGCAUCUGCUCCCGAGGGCACCAGAUCACGGUGCUGAUCGUGACGAUGAGCAUCGUUUUCAUGGUCGGGAUCUGCGCGGCAGUGUUCUUUCUGGAAAUGCGUGCCAGGGAAAUGCCCAGAUAAGAAGCUAGCCAACGAUGGACCGAAAAAUCGAGUCCGGAGUAUAACGAAGCCGCCACUAUGAACUACCAAUUACAAACAAACAAAUACGUAUAGCCAUAUUCAAUUCAACAUUACACAGUACUUACAUGCUAGUUAUAGUAAUCUGUAUCUGCAAGUGACUACAUAUUUAAGUAUCAUAAACUUCGAUGGUACAUGGCCGUCGUACUUGAAUUUAGGAUAACUGUACGUACACCCUUUACACGAGCAACCAAAUCUGGUGGAAGCUGGUGUUAAAUCACGAUACAACGAUGAUUUCAACAAAAAAAAACAUUUUCUACGACAAGUGAAAAACAAGUCAGUCAAGAAAGCAUUUAAAAAUGCCCCUUACUAUCCAACUCAAUUUUCUUCCCUGUGAGCAUAACGCUUCCUCAAAACAUACGCUACCACAUAUUAUUUUCUGUGAUAUUUAUUAACUUAUUUAAAUUAUGCCACG